AUGGCAGUGGAGCUUUCGUCCAACUGUGAGUGUCCUAACUGUUUGGAAGGCAUUCAGGGUGAGUCUGAUUGGAAUUCCUCUUCUGGAAAGACAGGUGAUAGUGCAUCAUACUCCGUAUCAAGGAAGAGAUCCACACUCUCUCCCAUCAUGCAACGCUUUCUUUCUCAAUGUUGUCCUAACAGGCUGCAGAAUAACAAAGAAGACUCUGUGUUUCUCCCUUCAGAAGAGGAAAGUUUUGUGGGCUUCCCUCAAAGACAAAUUCUCAGCGAGACGUCAAAGAACACCCAACAGAGGGACAAAUCCUUGAGAGAGCUGACCAUCCAAGAAGUGCUGAGGAAGUUUGGAGAUGAUGGGAGGUUUCCACCGUACUCCAGGUCCUUGGGCCACUUUAGAGAUCACGUGGUUGUGAAGCUCAGGAGAGCUCUAUAUUAUUCUGGAAUCUGGGUAAAACAUGUCCAAGGCUCUGGAUUGGAAAAGCAAUUUUCAGCUAAUUAUUUCAAAAAAAAUCCCAGUAGCCUCCACCGGCUGAUUCCCUGGCUGAAACGGGAACUCAUGGCUGUGUAUGGAGACUAUGGCUAUACAAUAAAGAAUAUUCUAGAUGCCAUUCUCCACCACAUGACAAAAUUUAACUUGGACAGUGAAUCGUUCACUCACCUGCUGAAGCCGUAUCUCCUAGAACAUACUCAUCACUUUCUGCAUGAGUUCAUCACUUUUGUUCAUUCAUCUUAUAACAUGGAGACCUAUGAUCGGAGUGCCAUCUAUCAGUGUCCACUUUCAACAUGGAUGAAAAACAAGAGCACUGUUUCAGCUCCAGUCUUGCCUUUGCCUGAGGAUCUUUCCCUCCUGAUAUCCCAACAAGGUACCAACCAGUCUAAGAACACCCAGGUUCAGUGGAAAAAGACUGGGCCGAGGCCUCCCUCUGUCUUGAAACAAUUUCCAAAUGGUAAUUAUUCCUCACAAAACCCCCAAACCUCAACAAUGCAUCAGAAAACAGCAAACAAAUUCCAUGUUUGGGCUGAGGACGAAUUGGAUUUAGAUGGUUUUAAGGACGUGGUUUGUACUACCAAUGCGUUUCUGGAUUGGGAUAAUCUCAGGGAACUCAGCCGAAACACAGAGCGUUACAAAAACGAUGAUCAAGAGAAAAUGACAGAAGGCACAAAGCUGCUCCGCGGCAAUUUCCAGGAUCUUCAGAAGAGUGGAACAAGUUCCCACAUCCAUAGCCCAUCAGUGGGUGCUAGUCAGGUACCACCAAGAAAGUACAAUUUAAGGGAAACAGAAGUUUUCAGUCCUGGUCCUGGUCAACAGGUACAUAAUCACAACAAAGGAAUAGAAAAAAAGAAGCUUGAAGAAUCUUCACCAAAGGCUUUUCAGAGAUUGCCUAGAGAAGGGACCUUGAUAAGCAGCAAAUCCAGAGAAACUGAUCAUUCUAGUAAUUGUAUCUCCAGAAAUGUCCCCUCUCCUACUGGAAAUGAUAAAAUGCUGGUUUCUUUUAGAAAUAAGAAGGGAAAGUGCAACCAGUCUUCCCAAUGUGUAGAAGCUGGUUCACACCACUGUACAAGAAUCCAAACACGAUCCAGUUCCAGUUUAUCAACAUCCAAAUCGUGGAGUGUUGGAUUCAGAACGCGAUCGAUAUGCAGCGAUCAGGGUAAUGUCGCUAUGAAGGGAAGUCACAGAAGCAAACACUUCACCCAAAAGAUAUGCAGUGGGCCAUCAAAAGGAAGUGUGCCCAGCUGUGCAUCAGCCUGCAGGAUGGAAUCUUUUACCCCAGUGCACAAUGGCAAGGUUUGUUUAACUGAUGGGAGGAGACCCAGCUGUGCUUCCAAAGGUAACUGUGAUGCUCAAACUUCUGGAGGAGAGUGUGAGAGUCUCACAUGCCAACAAACACAGAAGUAUCAGUCCCCAAGUGAGCAGCAGAAGAAGGGAAAGAACUUAGUCAGUAGAGCUAAGAGAAUCAGGACACUUGGGCCCCCAAAACCCAAAUGUACUCAAACCACAGCAGAGUUCUGUGUUGAAUUGGGAGAUCUCAAUGAUAAAAGACCAAUGGACCGUCAUAGUAAAUGUGAGGCUUCCUGCAGAAAGCAAGUUUACAAAAAAAUGGAAUUCAAUACUACAAAGCAUCCAGUGAAGAAUGAAUCUGAGAUAGAUGGCAAUAUAACUUGUUUUGAAGGGCAAGUUAGUCUACUAGGCAGCCACCAAGGCUCAUUGAAAGUAUAG